AUGGCACCCAUCCAGAGCGAAGCGUUCGAUUAUCUCUUUCACCACAUCUUCCUACCCCAAAAGCUACCAGGUCACGAAGAUGACUCUGCUUCAAAUGCCGCCGCCCUCAUUUCCUUUGUGCUGCGUUCGCUCCAGCGCUUCCUCGACGAGUCACGUCCAGCCGAUCAGGUCGCCACUCGCAGUUGCAUCUCUAUGCUGGAGAUGAUGCAGAUGUCGUCCGACAACUACGGAUCCCUGGACGAAGAUGGACUUCGAAAAGUUCUUCAAGAUCUCUCCGUUAGCGGUACGUGUCAUCUGAGCCCCCUCCCACGAGAUUCGCUCACAACAAUUUCAGACUCUGUUGCUGCGUUUCACGUCGCCGCGCAGAAUGCAGGUAUCCUCAUCCGACGGACAGGCCCGACAGUUUGCUUUGAAACUUUUGAGCUGUCCCCGACAAAUGAAGCCGUCACAUCAACACGAGGACGUCUUGUCCGUCGCUUCCCAGCAACGGCUACCGAAAUGUCCCUCAACGACUUCCAGGACGAAGGUUUCCAGUCUGCCUUGAUAAAGACGUUGGUCAAGAUGAGCUUCCAGACAGCACCCGACACAAGGCCAACAGCCCGAAAAGCUGGACAGGAUCACACCGAGGAGCGUGAUUCGACAAAUCCUCGAAUCGUCACGGAACUUCUGACGAGCAUCCUUGCAGCAGUCGGCAAGCACGUCAGCGUUCAGGGCAUUUGCAAGAAUACCCGACAAGAGAUCUCUUGGCGACAGAGUAGACUCCCAUGGAGACGAUCUGCUGUAUGGCUUCUCAUCCGUGUUGCCCUGCAGCUGACUAUGAGCCGACAAUCCGAUGACUCCGAUCGCACCUACAAGGAUUUCAUGGUGUACCUGAUGGCUCAAGUCCUCGACGCGGCGGACCAUCCAUCCACACCAACCUAUGCCCUUCACACCAUGAUAACCAAGGUAUCGGGCCGGCUUUGCAAGCUCGAGAACCCAGGACAAGGACCCUGGCUGGAAACCAUCGAGAAGGUCGUGUCGGACACGUCCGAAUGCCUUGCACAGAGGUGGCACCGAAUCCGUGACCGGUCCGAGACCCCCCUUAACCUAGAAUCAGUGUCCAGAGUCGACAUGAAAGACAACAUCGACCUGUCUCUUCCGCCGAUGGACGACUUCCUUGCCACACUCCCUCAAAGACGUAGAGAGAGCGGCUCCUCUGGCUUUAUUCCGACGUCUUACGUUCCAGCCCCCGACCCGGAUCACCUGCCACCAGCCCAUGUACUCAGCAGCAAUGAGCACUUGCUCUACAACCUUGCCAUGGUCGAAUUAUGGGUGGCAACACAUCUCGGCCCCUGGUUAGAGAAACACAUCGGAGAUGAUACUGCAUGUCGAGACCUGAAGUUGUUGCUCCAGCGGUACCAUUCAGCAGCUGUACGCUGGUACAAGACACGCCCCGAAGGUAUAUCACGAAUGCUCCUUGCUAUCAGCGAACUAUGGGUUGCAAUAGACAAGGCAGCCCUUCACGCCAUCCCCAUGUUGCGAGAAUACGACCCGGAGGUGCCGGCACAGGUGUGGCAAGUGCUCUUGGUGGCGUCUAUGGAGGACAUGGCCAGACUCCAUCGCGUCGAGACCUACGUCAAGAAGCGACAAGAACUCUCCUUAAAGGACAGGCCUUCUGUCUUUCGCUCUUAUGGCGAGAGACUAUCGUUCCCGGUGCAGUACUUUGAGCAGUCUGCCAAGCUUAAGCACCUCAAGUCUCAGAUCGAAAACCAAGCCGAGGCACAGAAGCGCGCCAAGCUGGUAGAGUUUGCCAAACUACGAGAGGAACACGACAGAUUGAUGCGACAGCAUGAGCAGCGAUCCUGCGAAAAGGUCGAGGUCGACUACCACAUGGAACAUGUCGCAGCCCACUGUCGCAAGUGCAGUGCCUUGAGAGAUGCUAAGAACCUGGAAAUCGAGGUAUACGAGUGGCCCUUGCCGAACAGACACCUCCAGGCGCAGGCUGUCGUAUUUGAGCUGGCUGUUCCCCAGGAAUUCGCCGAGUGGCGGGAUGCGACAAUCUAUCUUGUCGACGAUGUCCUGGGAUGCAAGCCUUCACAGACCGUUCGACCCCGAUCUGCUCACCCGCUGAGGACAUAUCGAGCACUGGCUGGAUUUCGACAAUCUGGCUUGCAAGGUCGAAUCCAUCUCUUGUCGGAAGCCAAGCCACAUGCUGUUACCCAUCGACGAUCCAAGCGCAUUGCCCAUACCACGGAAUCCGAGUUCGGCUCGCAGAUGUUGGCAAGCCUGACCCAGUGCGUGUCCCGGGUUCAUGAGAACUGGGAGUCGCAUACGUCACUGUGGUGCUUUACGUUCCUGACAUCUCGACUUCUGUCGAUCGGGGCUGAACAUUUGUCGAAGCCGCUCCUUGGUUUGCUCGCCCAGUGUCGAAAGAUAUCGUACAAGUGGCUGUGCCGACUGAUGUCGAGAGUGCAAGAGACCACCGACGACGCCCAGCGACAGGAGUUUCUGGAGACUGCCUUCAAGAUUGCCUUGAUCUGCGCUGACACGUUCGACGUGGAUGAUAGAUACCUGCCCAAGAUUCUGGCUGAUUCGCAAGAAGCAUCCAUCCUGCUCGAGGCCUCUAUCGGCAUCUGCAACAAUUCGAAGAUCAAGGAUACGACAGAAGACGUUGUCCUCGACAUCCUGUAUAACAGAUGGAUGUAUACUCUACAUCGCGCUCGUCCAGUCCUGAUCCGCGACAUCGUUAAGAACGGAAACUCAUGUCUCGACAUCGCUAUCCAUCGAUCGUGGCCCGCCUUUGUCGCCGACAGUGAAUGGACUAUGACCCCAUCCACCUGCUACUGGCUCGAGACAACCUCUUCCCGCAUCGGGGUACACUUUAGUAUCCUCACAGGAGAGUUGUUGGUCAACGGUCUUCCUUUAUCGCGUCUACCCCGAGAGUUUGAGCUGCACACCGACUACAACAGACUCUUUGGAUCUCUGUCCCUGGAUGUCAUGCCUAGUACACUCCCAGGCAUGCAGUUCUGCGCAACCAGACCCAUUCAGGGCCACUCAGUACACUUUGGGAUGCAGGAUAUUCCUGGGGGUAGAUGGAAACAGGAUCUCGUCGUGCGCAUGGAGAAGGAUGGCUCAACUCUAGAUCUGGUACCAUCGAGAACCUUCAAGGGAGUACUCCCUCACAUGUUUGUCGAGGAUUAUGCACACUGGCACCAUGGCGACACCGGUGUUAUCGAGCUUCGACAACGUGCCAACUUCUGGGAGGCAAGCGACGACAACUGGAAAUUGGCUCGACACGGCGCGAGCUGGAGGCUUAGCCGACAUGACAAGACGUAUUUGCUAGCCCCUUCAAGCAAGCUGGGUGAACGCAUUGCGACAAUUUUGCGUCCCUUGGAGGCUUCCUUGGAUCUUCACAUGCUGUAUGAUGUGCAAGCUAAUCUCCUCGAUGUGCAUGCUCCUCGGCUUCAGCUUGACUUCGUCUUGAAGUGUGGAGAGUCAUCCAUCAGCUCUCGACAAUACCGUGGAAUGCAGAUUGAUACAGACCAAUCUCUCGGUACUCUAGUUGGAUUUAACAGCAAACUCAUCCUCCGGAGCAACCAUAGUCCACCAAGCAGGUUGAUGAUCCUCCCUGAAGGCGAAGUUAGAUUUGAGAAGUCAGUUGCCAAUGGCUUCGACGAACAUGUGGAUGCAUUUGUCGUUCACGGAACUGCACAGCGUGUACAGGCCUAUCGAAUCGACAACCUCCUUGGUCGCCUCGUCGCCAACAACAAGGUCGACAGCAAGCUCUUUCUCGCCUACAUCCACGCACUCACUUCAUUCUGUCUUCCGGACCCCUUCCUCGGCCGGACAGGAACUGAGCAGGCUCUUGACAUUCUCACAUCCGCAUCGGUCCGAGCACCAUCUCAAUUGACCAAGAUCGCACACGAAAGACUGGGUCUCAUUGCCGACAUUUCUCCAUCUCGCUCAUUUUAUGGUGAGAAGAGUAUGCAAAUUGUGGACUGGUAUCCUGAGUUGAGUUGUCUCACUCAGGACGAUCGCUUCUACACGGCCGUUCACGAGAUUCUGAAGAGGACUAAAGACGUCGACUUCCUCUUUCCGAAGGGUGAUUUUGAGCCUAUUGAACCGAACCACGCUGAGAUGGAGCUUGUCAACCGGGCGAUUCUGCAAUCAUCGCGACACAAGGUAUCAGGCUUUGGUGCCGAGACUUACAGCACCCAACACGAUGUUGAGUACCAGGCAAGAGACAAGGGACAGGAGUCGCGCCCCGCAACUCGUGCUGGCGAGAUGGCAUUCCGGAUCUACCACAACGAAACUGCUCGCUUCCAGCCUGUCUCACACCACCUGGAGACUCACCUGUACGGCCUCCUCGAGACUGAGCAGAUCGGUCUGUUCACUCAAGAGGCACCAACAUCCAAGCUGAACUACGACUCUAGGUGGCUUGAAAACCCCAAGACAUUUCUCUCUUCCGACUGGUGUGGGAUUCAUUAUGCCUUUCAGAACAACAACACCCUGCUCAACAAGUUUGAGUUGAUGGUCUGGAUUGCGACCAUGUCAUUUGCCACUGACUACGACGCUCAGAUCGUUCAGUCCUUCCUGAUGCUUGCUACAUCUCCUACUUUGUCAGCUGUUUCUUUGCCUGAUGAUACCACCUACGAUCUGUCCAAGGGUCACAAAGCGGUGGUAAACGAGCUAACAAGAAUCGCGACCGAUGCAUCCAUCUCCUUUAAGCAGUCCCCCGACGCCAACCUCCCGCAGAAGCAGCGUGAAUCACUCAAAGCGACGGUUAAGCGACGUCAAAGAUCUUUUGCUGACGCGAAGACUCGGGCCAUUGAACAGUUUAGGCGCCAUGUUGGACAACAGUGGCCUUGCGAGACCCCGACUGCCCCUAAGGGGGAUGAAGUUGAAACAUACAUCAACAUCCCGCAUGCGAUGGACACACUUAUGGACAAGUGGAAGCUGUGGUACCGGAAUCUCAUGUUCAAGGUGUAUCUGAUGAACUUUGUCUCGGGCUUGGAUGAUCUGCCCUUCAAGGAAGCCAGACCCGUUCCAGGGCCCAUACCCUUGAGAUUCACCCCCAAGACAAGCACCCGGGGAUUUGUCUCCAUCGAUGACCUGUUUUCUCAAGGCUCUAUCGAGGCCCAGAUUCUAGUCCAUAUUCAAGAUCCUACGCUGGAUGGCCUCCUCCGGACAACGACAACUAGUGCCGAGACUAGUCAGAAGCUGACCGAGGUGCUCGACAGCCUUGACAACAAGACAACGCUGGUCUACGAGCAUCAUUAUGUGCGGGAGUUGAGGCAGAGCUUGGAGAGUCUAAGAGAUCAUGUCGAAAAUGAGCUGGAUGCCGACAGACUCUCAAAGCAUGCUUCGCUUUUCCAGCAGCACCUCGAACAAUGUGGCAGCCGAGUCAAGUCUAUCUACGACUCUUUGUUGAGCGCGGUCAUGUCAGUCUCGCCGAUACUCUUCCUGCAGCAGCUCAGAAUGCUUCGAUGGUGGAGACUAAGUGAUCAGUGGAGGAACGUGAUCAUCGAGUAUGCACUUGCCGUCACCGCUCUUCAGCAGGCGAAACGCUUCCUCAAAUUCCAAGACUCGCCUGUCGAUCUGCUCCGGGAACUCGAAAACACCGGUCAAAAGGGGUGGAACGCCCACGAACAUCCUGAAUGGCUGCUGCUGGAGUGCGAGAGUGAGAUCAUGAUCCGAGAGGUUCAGGAGCAGAUUGCGCAACAAAUGAUGGCACCUCCCGACAAGCAGAAUGCCGUGAUGCAGUUGAACAUGGGUGAAGGAAAGUCGACCGUCAUUGUUCCCAUCGUCUCUUCAGCUCUUGGCGAUGGUUCGAAGCUCGUUCGAGUCAUCGUGGCCAAGCCGCAAGCCAAGCAAAUGAAUCAGAUGCUGGUCUCGAAACUCUCCGGCCUUCUCGACCGCCCGGUUUAUCAGCUACCAUUCUCGAGAGAGAUUCGCAUGGAUACGCUACGAGCAGGGGUGAUCCAUGGACUGAUGGUUAAGUGCAUGGAGGAAGGCGGAGUCUUGAUGGUCCAGCCUGAGCAUCUUUUAUCAUUCCAGCUGAUGGAACCCGAAUGUCAGCUUAACGCGAACGGCACAGCUUCAGAGCAGAUGAUGAAGACCCGAAUCUUCUUUGACAAGUUCUCCAGGGACAUCGUCGACGAGAGUGACGAGAAUUUCAGCGUCAAGUUUGAACUCAUCUACACCCUUGGACAGCAGCGAUCGAUCGAGCACAGCCCUGACCGAUGGAUCGUCGUCCAGGAAGUCUUGGGGCUGAUUGCCAAGUUCUGUGGCGAGUCGAGGUUCGAGUUUCCUCAGUCGAUUGACUUUGACGAUCGACAUGUCGAGAGGUUUCCAAGGAUCCGACUUCUUAGACCCGAUGCCCAACAGGCUGUUCUCAACCGUGUGGCUGAGUACAUCUGCGAGACUGGUAUGAGCGGAUUCCCCAUCGCCCACCAGCCUCCGAAGAUCCGGGAAGCGGUUCGACGGUACAUCACCCAGUGGGAACUCUCCCCCGAGGAGGUCGAGUCGGUUGAACAGAGCCUGUUCUGGGGCGAGACGACAAUGAAUCACAUUCUGCUUCUACGUGGACUCUUGUCUGGCGGAAUCCUUUCGUUUGCUCUUGGGCAAAAGCGAUGGAGAGUCAAUUACGGCACCGAUCCCCACAGGGAGACCAAAACCCUGCUCGCUGUCCCUUACCGAGCCAAGGAUAACCCGACGCCUCGAUCUGAGUUUAGUCAUCCCGAUGUAGUCAUUGUGCUAACCUGCCUGAGCUACUACUACAGUGGCCUUGAUGACGAGGCUCUCUACUCCGCCUUUGAUCUGCUGACCAACUCUGACAAUGCUGAUCUCGAGUAUCAGGUCUGGGUCAAGAAUGCACCGACUCUGCCAGAGCACUUUAGACACCUAGAAGGCAUCAAUCUUCGGGAUCGCCUCCAAAGCACAACGGAGGUGUUCCCCCAUCUUCGGUAUUCCAAGGCUGCUAUCGACUACUACCUCUGUCGCCUGGUCUUUGCGAAAGAGUGCAAGGAAUUCCCCCAUAAGCUUUCAGCUUCUGGAUGGGACCUGGCCAAGAUCAAGACCAACCCGACGACAGGAUUCAGUGGUACCAACGACUCUCGGUAUCUCCUACCUAUGGCCAUCAAGCAACUGGACCUCGUCGAGCAGAAGCACACCAACGCUCUGGUGCUCGAGUAUCUUCUGCGCCCGGAGAACGGCAUUGCCCUGAUGCCCCCAGAGAUGAAGGGGGCAACUUUCGACAGCCAAACCCUUCUGGAGAUGGUGUCCAAGAUGAGCCCCAACACCCGCGUUAUCCUCGACGUUGGCGCCCAGGUCAUCGACCUCACCAACAUCGAGUUUGCCAAAGCAUGGUUGAGCCGCUACGACGACGAAAACACCCAGGCCGUCAUUUGCUUCAGUGAGCUUGACGAUAUUAUCGUCGUUGAUCGAUCCGGAAAGGUUGAGGAACUUCAGACUUCGCCAUUUGCUAAUCAGAUGGAUCAAUGCCUAGUCUUUCUUGACGAGGCGCAUACAAGAGGCACUGAUCUGAAGCUCCCCGUGAACUACCAAGCUGUCGUGACUUUGGGUGCAGGUUUGACGAAGGACCGCUUGGUUCAAGCAUGCAUGCGUAUGCGAAAACUCGGAAAAGGCCAGACCGUGGUGUUUUGCAUUCCACGCGAGAUCGAACAGAAGAUCCUCCUCCAGCGAGGCCAGAAGCCGUCGUCUGGACAGAUCACAAUAUCCGAUGUUAUCUCAUGGGUCAUCACCGAGACCUGCCUAGACCUGCGACGAGCGAUGCCGCUAUGGCUCACCCAAGGCCUCCGAUUCUUUGAGCAACAAGGCUUCUGGGACGGAGUGUCAAGUGCUAAGACUAGAUUCUCGUGGGCCCAGCAGUUCAUGGAGGCUGAAGCUCAGAGUCUUGAUCAACGAUAUCGCCCACGAAGAUCUGACGCCAGCCUGGAUACCAUCCUCGGUCACGUCGGCCCUCGUGCGAGCGAACAGUUCCGCUCUCGCUGCGAGGAGUUUGGUCUCAUUGAACUUCAAACAAGCUCGCUCAAUGAGGAGCAAGAGAGAGAGCUUUCGCCUGAGGCCCAACAGGAACGACAGGUCGAGAAGCCGGCCCGCGUCGAGCCAGAAACUCAUCGUGUUCACUCUGGUCUGCGUGAGUUCAUUGUCGACGGCCAGUUCCCAGGCGAGUGUGCUGCCUUCAAGCCCGCCUUCAAGGCUCUCAGUCAGACUUCUGCUGCUGCAUGCUUCGAUGUGAACGAGUUCCCAAGCAACAUCUGGGUGACACACGAUUUCGCCACGACGGUCAAGGCUCGCUUCGGGAAGAAGAACUAUUCCGACUCUUUCCAGCGUCCUGUCCAGUGGAUCCUCACGAGCAACAGCAUGGUCGAUGACAUGCGCCUCGUCAUCAUCAGUCCAUUCGAGGCCCAGGAGCUUCUGUCGGUCAUUGAAGCGUCUCGACAUGUCACACUACGGCUGUAUGCUCCACGAACCAACCUUGGAUUCCAGCCGCUGGAUCACCUGAGGUUGUAUACGAUCUCUAAGAAGGUCCAGAAUGCACCCAUGCCGGAGGAUAUCAUCGUCCAGCUCAACCUCUUUGCAGGACAGCUUUACCUGACCUCGUUUGACGAGUACGUUAACGUGUGUGAGGCACUGGGUUUGGCUUGGGGCCCUUCAGAUGACUCUGUGACCCUUGGACCAGAUGGUUUCAUCCCACCGGGCACCAGCGUGGGAAAGUUAGUCAACACAUCGGGAUUUACAAAGAGUCCGGUUAGAUUCCUCAAGGUCCUCAUGUCAAAGAUCCGACAGGACUGCGAGCUGAUUGAGAAGACACACAUGGGCAAGAUUUUGGAGGGUAUUCGCCUGGUAGAGGAGGAUUUCGCAGAUCAACAAAACUAG